AUGGACUUGUCUUCGCUUUACCAGAACGCUUUGGUGACUUUUGCAUCUUUAUCUGUUGGCUAUAAACUUCUAUUUGCAGUCGUUGCCAUUUUUGUUUUGAAUAAAGCUUACGGUGGCCGAAGCAAGGGGUAUAAGAAUUUACCAGCUUAUGCACCAAUUGAACUUGCUAUUGCCAGUUAUAUCCUCAGUGGAGAUGGCAUCAGUCGGCGAAUCUUUUCAGCUGUAAGCCGUUACGGAGGCUCACUCUUUGGCAUCACUUCAGGGCACCAGAUUGUGGCCGAUCUCCCAGGCAUAGAGCGUCUCUUGACACAGUCUCACCACAUUUUCGACUCCACGCCAGCCCAGUAUUCACUCUGUACGCUUGUUUUUGGAAGUACCGAUUCCCCUCAGUUGAGGAGAAAAUUACAUACGUCUCUGAAAGAUCUUGUCCCUCCUCUGGAAAGAACCUUUCUCAACGAUGCUGCAUCUACUGCUGCUGUUGAGAGAUCUCGUGUUGCCGAGCGUGGGGCAUCACUCGUUACCUUUUCUUCUGACCCACAACAUAUGGCACGCUGGGAACUAUCAGCAGGAAUAAAGGUUCUACAGUCGGAGCAACCAGGUGUUCCCGGAAUAGUCGAAGCGAACUUGCAAAGCCUGACCCGUGACUUUGGGGCCUGCAUGUCCAUUCCUUUGAUCUACGGCCAAGAUCUUCUCGACCGCCAUCCUCAACUCCUCAACGACUUUUGGGUUUUCGACAAUGAGCUAUUUCCUCUGCUUAUGGUUGGAAUUCCCAAAUGGGCUCCCUUUAAGAUGAUGCAGGAUGGACUCAAAGCGAGAGCCAGGAUCAUUGACAGUCUGGAGGGUGUUUACAAACGCGUUGAGCAAGAACGACGAGGAGAACCGGUUGAUUUUGGCGCCGACAUCUCUGAUGUCAGCACAAUGCUGCGCGAACGAAACAAGGUUUAUAAUCGAGAUGGUUGGACCCUCAAAGAGCGUGCUGCUGCUGACCUGGGCACUUUCUGGGGUCUGAAUGCCAAUGCUCAGCCUGUCUUGUUCUGGUUCUUACUCUACGUUUAUUCUACCUCAGGUUUGCUUGAGCGAAUUAGACAAGAGAUUUCGCCUUAUGUCACUCUGGCUAGAGAGGACCGACCAGAAAUUACUUCUAUGGAUCUUCAAAAUUUGUUCAGAAACUGUCCCCUCAUCAAAGCUUGUAUUUUCGAGACAUAUCGCCUAGUCAACGAGCCAACAUCGAUCCGCCACGUGUCUCAAUCAGUCAGUGUUAACGAUGGGAAUCUCCAGCACAACCUGAACGAAGGGACAUACAUAUCUGUACCCCUAGCUCUCAGGAACAAAGAUCCUCAUCUGUACCAAGACCCAGACUCCUUUGUCCCUGAUCGUUUCCUCGACACGGACCCCGAGACAGGAAAGUCGACAGCCCGAUAUGGAAAGUUGAAGCCGUGGGGUGUCGGGGCUGCCAUGUGUAAGGGGCGUACAUUUGCAGAGAAGGAAAUCAUCUCUUUGGGUUCGGCUGUCGUGAGUCUUUGGAACAUUGCUCCAGUUGAUGGAAAUUGGAAGUUACCUGCCAUGAUUCCUGGGACUGGAGUCAAGAAGCCAGUCAAUGACAUACGUGUCGUUGUGCAGAGAAGGGUAGUAGUAUAUCAAAAGCCUGCCGAGGUUCAGGGCGGCGUGUAUUUGCUCAAGGCGGACCAGACUCGUCUUCUCUCCAAAAUCCAAACUCUUCUGGAGCAUGCCUGCUUUCGAUUCGCAAAACAAUAUCUUCCACACAUACUCAUUGAGAACGAGUGGGCCUGUCCCGAAGACGGAGAAUUGAACAUAUGGAUAUAUCACCUUACAAUACACGGGUUGAAUCUGUUGGACUACGGUAUCACGGAACCCAUCAAUAACGUGCUGCAUUCAGCCAAGAAUAUCCGGCAUGACGCUGUUCACCGUAACAAGGUGGUAGUUGAUACACUGGCGAUCUACCUAGACCAUGCUGUGGCUCUCUGCACAGCUCUGGAAGGACAGAAAGACUUGUAUCAAGUCAAAGCUAUUCGCGACUUUGCAAAAGCCGAGAUGGGGCUGCUUGGGGCUGCUGCAAACAACGCAGAUGCAGUCAAGACUGCUGGCGAGGCCAUAACAGACUUUAUUGAUGGUCUCUAUUAG